GUGGAGUCUGUCUGUAGGGAGUCUCUGUUGUGACUUUCCACUCUAAAUAACUCACCUGCUUUCUUCUUUUCUGCAGAAAUGUCUCUCAGUAGGAUUAGGCGGAAGAUUAGUAACAAAUUCCAAAGAAUCAUUUUAGUGGUCAUCCUUCUGGUAAUAGGUGUCAUUGUGCAGGUAGCAGUGCUGAGGUACCAGAACUCUGAUCCUGACAAGAAUUACCAGGACAUACAGAAAGACAGUAAGAGUAAGAGUAUGGCUUUCCCAGGACUUGGUUCCUUCUGGAUGGAGUAUGAGAAUAGAUCAUUCAUUGACAACAGCUUGGUCCAAGGAUGGGAUGUUACAAAUGCCAACUGCUCUGCCAACUCCAGCAUGGUCAGCAUGCCGUGGUUUGCUGGAGUGGGGGAACGUAUCCAGCGGUUCCUGUUGUACCGGCACUGUAGGUACUUCCCAAUGAUCUUUAACCAUCCAGAGAAAUGCGGAGAAGACAUCUAUCUCCUGAUGGUGGUCAAGUCCGUGAUCACACAGUACAAGCGCAGGGAGGCCAUCCGCAGGACCUGGGGACAGGAGAAGGAGAUCAGGGGCAAGAAGAUCAGACUCCUGUUCCUGCUGGGGACAGACUCCAAAGGAGAAGAGCAGGCUCACCACCAGAAGCUCCUGGAAUACGAGGACAGGGUGUUUGGAGACAUCCUCCAGUGGGACUUUGAAGACAGUUUCUACAACCUCACCCUCAAGGAGGUUGGCUUCCUAAAGUGGUUUUCCAUCUAUUGUCAAAGCGUGCCGUACAUCUUCAAGGGAGACGAUGAUGUCUUUGUAAACACUGUCAAUGUAGUAGAAUUUCUGGAAAGUAACAAGAACACAACAGACUUGAUCACUGGGGAUGUCCUUACAACCUCUGCUCCAAACAGAGACAGGAAUAGCAAAUACUUCAUCCCAGAAGUGAUGUUCAGUGAGACUUUUUACCCUCCAUAUGUAGGAGGAGGAGGGUUCCUCAUGGGAGGCCCCUUGGCUAUGAGGAUGUACGGUGCUUCAAAUGAGCUGGAAAUCUUCCCUAUUGAUGAUGCGUUUAUAGGCAUGUGUCUCAAAGUGCUCCAGGUCAGCCCCAAGGAGCACAGUGGCAUUAAGACACUGGGCAUCAAAGUUAAAAGCAGAGAAAAUGGGAUGAGUAAAAACCCCUGUUGGUACCGUGACUUGCUGCUGGUCCAUAAGUUGGCUCCUGAUGAGCUGAUUCAAAUGUGGGAACAGUUGAACAGCAACCUCACCUGCACACAGACAAAGUAUAUAGAAUAGAGAGGUCUGAAGGUAGGGUGAGAUAAGGUACAGACUAAUCCAGUUGUGCAUAGUAAAUGUAUGUAAAAAAUGUAUAAUCUGAAAUAAUAACCUUCCCACAGGUCAAUAAGAUCAGAUAAAAAUCUAUGUACAGUGCUUUGCUUAUGUACAAAAUGUAAGAGAUGUUUUGCUAUUCAUAUGGUUGUAGUGUGGUUGGUGUAAAUAUCAGGGUUCUUUGUUUUCUGUAGGAGAAGAGUAAAAUGAAUAUGAAUGUGUAUAUAUGUUGCAGUAUGUAGGAUUUAAUUGUACUGCUUGUAUGGUUUAAGUUUCUGUUUAAGUUUAAGUUUAAGUUUAGGUUUCUAUGGGAUAAGUUUCUGUGUGGUAACACGUACAUAAUUUGAUGCCAGAUCAAUGUCUGAGAAAUCACUAUGUCAUCUUAUAGUAUAAUAUAAUGCUUAAAUGACCUGUUUUAAAAAAAUCCAACUUUAUCCUGUGAGACCUCAAAACAUUUUGUCACAUGUUUGCAGUAUCAGAUAGGUAGUUUGAUUCAAACACAUGCAGGAAUAUUUUUCCAGUUCCAUUCAAGCUCCUUUGUGGAUGAACUGGGAUAUUGUUGUCCCAUUGACAUUUUUUGUGCCAUCUGAGCCAUUGAACUCUUUCAAAGUUGGCAUUGGCCUUAAUGGUGUCAUCACUAAGCAGUAUUCACCAUGCCCUGCUGCUUAGUUUGGACUGACAAUUAAAUCUAGGCAUUAUUUGGUUAGCAAUAUAUUCUGUUCCUUCCAGUUCUUUAUGAUCAACCUCACCAUGUUUAAAGGGAUGUUCAGUCAUCUGAACACAUAUACAACAUUAUCAGAGUUCUGAAAGCUUGUUGGCUUUUCUUCAAAUACUCUACUGGACUGAAGGAUCAUGCAGGAAUAGGUAUAUUUAUAAUGAGAUCAUGUGAGACGCUAUCAUUGCAAAGGUUCCUUGUGUGGGUUGUUAAGAUAAUUUUGUACACCUCAAUUAAUUUAGGUUUGCCACAGCAUAAGGCUUAUGCAAUCAAGACUUUUCAAUUUUUAUUUUUAAUUAUCUAUUGACUUUCUUCUUUCAUAUUUCUUCUGCGAUAGACUGGGGUCCAUUAAUAUAUUAAUUAACAAAUAUUAAUUGCUUAAUCAAAGCAUCACGAUUUCAAGUUUUUAACCAGCACAAUGUGAGAAUUGUACAAAAACCAGAGUACUUUUGGAAGGCACUUAAAUUUUAUAUUCAGAUAUAACAUUUAUUCAUGCAUUUUUCAACUCCUUUCAGUUCAGGGUUAAAGGGGAGCCAGAGCUAUCCCAGAAAGAAACAUGUAUAAGGCAGGACACAUCCUGGACAAGGCACAGUCCAUCACAGGGCACACAACACACACUCAUACCAGGGAAAAUAUUCCCAGAAGCCAAUUAGCCUACCAUAUGUCUUACUGUAUGUCAUAUGUCAAACUGGCGCCCCUGGGGAAAACCCACAUAAAGAUGAGGAUAACAGAUAGACUACACAGAUAGUAGCCCAGGUCUGGAAUUGAACCCAGGACUCUAGCACCACAAAGCAAUCGUGCUAGCUACUGUGCCACCCUCACAUAUAACA